CUGCCAGCAGUGAACGCCAUCCUUUGGUGCGCCCCUACGGUAGCCGAAAGCGUACAAGCUACGUCGUAAGGACAGGUCUGAAUCGAAAAUAUGGCUUCAACAACAAACACCUCGAGCAGCGUUAUCUCCGUUGACCAGAGCUUGUCAACACCGAAUUCUGAGGACAUCGGCAGAGGCAGGGGGAGAAGAAGGAGAGGGAAGAGAGGGAGAGGGCGAGGGCGAGGGAGGCGACAGCCACCGCAAGGGGAUGGUGGUCGUCCCGGGCCCAGUCGUGGACGUCGCCGCAGAGCCCCAGCAGAAGACGAGAGAGAGAGAGUGGAGGCAUUGAAAAGACAACGUCUCCAAGACACAGAGGGAGAACUGCUGGAGAUGACACUGGAGGAUUUCCGCAGUUUCACCUCUCGCCUCAUCCAGCGUCAACCAGGCCUGGUGUUUGACGUCCUGCUGGAGUGGCGAAACAGGCAUGGUGACCCACCUCCUGCCGGAACACCAGGGGUACCUUGGUGCAGCUGUGGUAAUUGUCGAGACAUGCCCACUGACAGGGAGAAGGUGUGCUGUGGACAUGACCCUCAGCAUUGCUCAAGUGGACUUGGGCACUUUUUGCAGUUUUGCCUGGAUGAGGCCUACCUGAGGGUACACAGGCAGUACCGGGCUGAUGUGACAGGGCUGGGCAAUACAAGAGAGCCGGGGGAUGAUAACCGGGAAUUCAGGUAUGCUGCCUACCGGCAUUUCAUUUUUUGGCAGCACGGGUCCUUGGGGCAGGGCAACAGGAGGGUUAUUCCGAGUUGUUGCGUAUGCAAAAUCAGGGACAAGUUCCCUGAUCCUCAUGGGCAAUAUGCCGGAUUUCAACUAACGAUUUAAUUUAUUUUGUAUCAUCAUUUGUACUUGUACAGUAAAUAGAUAAGUAACUAGAUUUUUUUCCUUGUACGUUAUUUUCAUUUUUAUUGUAAAUA